CUGGAGGUCGGACCACGCCGACGGCCCCCGACGCAGCCUCCUCCCCACCGGGCAGAGAGCGGCCAGCCCGCAGCCCGGCUCGUCUCCACUCCGUCCCUCUCGCUCCUCACCGCCGCUGCUGCCAGACUGGACUACGCGGGGAUGCACAGGGCGGCGAGCGGCAGCAGCAGGGGUCAGCGGGCCGGCUCGAGGCUGCAGUCCGUGAUAGCGCAGACGCCCCGCCGACGCCAGAGCGCGCACAGCCUCUCCCUCGCAUGAACGCUUCUCGGUCGCUGCCGCGGACUCAGGAUGAGGAAGCCCAAAGCCACUCGGAUGGUGUUUGCCUUGUCCCUGGGUUGUUUAAUCAUGGUCGUAUUCUACUUCAACAGCAACCUGAAACCAGCCUCGGAGCCGGUGGGUGAAAGAAGCAGUGGGCAGAAGUCGAGGAGAAGUCCUCUACAGACGCUUUAUGAUGGUGAUCAGAUUGAAUCAGCGGUACAAGGGAUCCAUCAUGGCCGACGGGAGCUCUUAGAGGAAGCCUGCCACUCUUACACCCGCAAACGUAGAGUCCUCAUCCCAGAGGACCUGAAGCACGUCAUUGUGGAUGACCAGCACGGCUUGCUGUACUGCUACGUGCCCAAAGUGGCCUGCACCAACUGGAAGCGGGUGCUAAUGGUUCUGACAGGCGUCGCCGGGUCCCACAGAGAUCCCCUGGCUAUCCCUGCCAAUGAGGCCCACGUAGCAGGAAACCUCCGUACCUUGUCGGAGUACUCAACCUCCCAGAUUAACCAGCGCCUGCGCAACUACCUGAAGUUCAUCUUCGUGCGGGAGCCCUUUGAGCGGCUGGUGUCUGCCUAUCGCAACAAAUUCACACGGAGCUACAACACAGCCUUUCAUAAACGCUAUGGCACAAAGAUAGUGCGGCGCCACAGGCCGGACCCACAGCCGGAGGCUCUGGAGCAAGGAAAUGAUGUCUCCUUCGAGGAGUUUGUGUAUUAUCUCGUGGACCCUGCCACCCAGCGAGAGGAGCCCUUCAAUGAGCACUGGGAGCGGGUGCACUCGCUGUGCCACCCCUGCCUCAUCCACUAUGACGUGGUGGGGAAAUACGAGACGCUGGAGCAGGACUCCCGCUAUGUGCUGCAGCUGGCCGGGGUGGAAGACCAAGUCAGCUUCCCUGCCUCCUCCAAGAGCACCAGGACUACAGGGGACAUGGCGGCCCAGUUCUUCCAGAACAUCAACCCUUUUUACCAGAAGAAACUGUAUAACCUCUAUCGUAUGGACUUCCUGCUCUUCAACUAUUCCAUACCAGCCUACCUCAAGUUUAGAUGAGGCUUGGGACAUUACUCAUCCACAGAUUCCACUUGAAAUUGUGGAGCCUGGAAAAGUACAUUUUGUUGUUGAGACAUUUCCUUGUCUGUAGGCCUUAUAACUGACACUGCGAAUACUUUUUCAACAGAGAAAAGUGCCAUAAAAACAACAGCUUAUCUUUUACAGAUAGAGCAUCAGCUAAAGAACAUAUGUGCCAACAGAGGAGCCAAGUAGUAGAGGACCUUUCAUCACAAGAUGAGCGUUUCUGCCUCAUGAAGGCAAAUUUUACCAUAAAGUGAUUACGUGGAUGUCGGUUGGUGUCUCUGAAUGUGUAAAAGGCCAUUCACACUUGGUAACAUUUCAUUUUGCUUGUUGUCUGCUGUUUGAAAUGUGUAAUCUGCACAACAAACGUAUAAUAUACACAAGGUGCAGUUGCAUAAUUAAAGUAUAAGAAUCACAUUUGGACAGUGAAUGUCUCCAAACGUGCGUGCCUUUAAUUGUGGGCCUUUUUGACCCCAGCAGACAAUGACAACUACUGUAACUGUGACUUUUUUCUUUUUUGUGUCUGUGAUACUGUCUUUUAUUUAUUGUUAUUUCUGUCUCUACAAAGUCAGUCAAACCAAAAUAGACAUAGUACCCUCAUGAUUUUCAAAUAAAUGCAUUUUGGCAAGAA